AGCUUCAAAAUAACAAAAAAGUUGAAAGAUAAAAUCUAUUUGUGAAUUUUAUUUAUCAAAAAAUAUAACUUUUUUUAAAUAAUUUAGAUUAGAAACUAGAAUAUUUUAUAAAAAUGUAUUCUUAUAAUAUUUUUAUAAUAUAAUGUGAGAUAUAAAUUUUAGAAACAUUUAAGAAAAGCUUUGCGAAUUAAUUGAAAUUUUUUUCAAAUGGUACCUAUGCAACUGGAAAUUUGCUAGAUUCGCACAAAUCAAAAUUAAAAUGAAUUUUCAUAGUAAAAAAAAUAGUUGAAAAGUUAAAAAAAUUUAUUAAUUUCCUAGUUGAAUUCAAAAUAGUAAGAGGAAGUGGAUAUAAAAAAUAUAAAAGUGCAAUAGUAUCUACAACGCUAGAAAUUAAGAAAUAAAUUCUGAAUGAAGAUUUUUGUUUCUAUUUAGACCACUUUAAAAAAAUUUAUUUGCCAUGGCUAUGAUGAAAAGCCUUAUUUUUAAUUAUAAGUUGAAAGAGUUUAGAGAGGUUUCAUAUCCCAUUGAAUUUAAAAGUGAGGAUGUCUGUUUAAUAUUAUGUAAAGAAAAUCGUAUACUACCUACAGUACGUGUUUUAUUUCAAUUACGCAUUUGUGAUACUGAACAUUGGAUACCACCUGGAGAACCUUUGAAACCAUAUACAAAAUAUGAAUUUCGCAUAAGAUUUAGAAUUCCAGAAUUAAUCUCAUUAAAAAAAUUAGAUGAAAUAACAUAUGAUUAUUUUUAUCAUCAAGCUCGUUUUGAUAUGGUAAUGGGAAAAAUUGAUGAAAUUAAAUAUCCAACACAUAAAGAUCGUGUUCUAGGUAUUUGUGUAGUUGAUACAUAUAUAGAUAUGAUCGAAAAAUGUAUGUCAAUUGAAGAUAUUGAAAAAAAUUACAAAAAAUAUAUACCAAAAGAAUUAUUAAAAAUUCAUAAAUUAUUUGCCAAAAGAAAGUUAUUUGCUGGAUUAAGGCACAUAAAAGAAUCAAGCCAUGAUUUGUUUUAUGUUAAAGGAUCAUACUUAAAUACAAUCUACGAUAUGGCACCAAACUAUUUGAUUGAACAAUAUGAAGGCAGGGCAAAUUAUUUACCUGAAGAUAAUUUUAAAGAUGGACGUUGCCCUGUUUUAAUAGAAUUCAAUCCACACCAUGAAUCUGAGCCAGGAUUAAGAGUUUUUUAUCGCUAUAAAGGAAAAUGGCGACAUAUUGUGAAAAUCGAUCAAAUAUAUGUAAUUUCUAAAAGCUUUGCACAACAAGAGAAUUGUGUCAGAUUAGAAGUAGGAGAUUUACCAAAUGGAUAUACAUUAGAGUUUUUCAAUUCAAAUGAUAGAGAUUCAUUUAUUACAUGUGUAGCUGGCUACUAUAGACUGAUGGUGAGAUGGAACACCGAUUUAUGUUUUGAAUUCAAAACUCCUUCAUUAACUGAGUUAAAAGAAUUAAAAUGUCAUGGACCAGUUGGUGGAGAUUUUUCAUAUGGACAAAUAAGAGAAAAAAAUAAUAACCCGGGUUCAUACAUCAUAAGGCAAAGUGAAAGGGAAUAUGAUACUUAUUAUAUAGACAUAAAUACAAGAAUAGCGCAUACCGAAACUCUUAAAAUUACUCGAGAUAGCAAAAAAUGGUACCUGCACUCACAGGAAACUAAAAGACCAUUUGAAAAAUUGACUGAUCUAGCAUUAAGUAUUGAAACAAAUUCUGAUAAAUUUCGUAUACCACCUUCUGAUUACGAUCAAACCCCAUUGCUUUUAAUAUGUUUACCUAAAAGCCAAAUCAAAGCUAAAAAGGCGGUUGACGAAAGUCUUAAAGAGGAAUUGCAACGAAAACGUGUACAAGUAUUCGAUCCAAAAAUAGAUUUAUGUGUGUACCAAAACACGGCAAAAGACUGUGAAGGAGGGAUGAUGGAAGAAAUGAAAGCGGAUUGGGUUUUAGUGAACCAACAUUUGAAAGUUACUCUCAAAAUCUUAAAAUCGGAGAGGCAUGUUGCAGAUUUUAUGAAAUUGGCAAAUACUUGGGGGAAAAUGUACUCACAUGAAUUUUUGAAAUUGUAUGGAAUAACACUCUCUACGCCCUACGCUAUGAUAAUGGAAUAUGCAAAGAGCGGGCCUUUAAAUGAGUUUUUACAACGAAACACAAAUAUACCAUUAAUUUGUUUAUUAAAUAUUGUUCAUACUCUCGUCAGGGCUAUUGUUUACUUACAGGAAAAUAAAUUUUUUCAUGGUUUCAUUAGGUGCUGCAAUCUUCAAGUUAUUAAAUAUGAUGCAAAAACCAACGAAAUUGUUGUAAAGUUGGCCGAUCCAGGAUUUCCAAAAAAAUAUACUAGAAAGGAUUUACCUUGGAUUCCAUUAAAUUACCACAACGAUUUGGAAAGAGCUAAAAAAGAUUUGAGUUCAGAAUUCUGGGCAUUUGCAACCGUUUUGUGGGAAAUAUUUUCAUAUGGUGCCCCUGUUGAUCUUUUUGAUACAAACGGAUUGCAAAGAAAUCUUCGUGAAACUGGUUCUAUUUUACCUCUUCCUGAGAACUGUCCUGAAGAUAUGAAAAUAACAAUAAUGGAUGGUUAUUGCUUAGACCCUGAACAGAGGUUCAACAGGCAGUUAAUUUUCUCACGACUUUCUGCCAUUAAAGAAGAAAAUUAUAGUAAUUAUGAUACGCCUCUUACAGAAACAACAUCUUUAGAUACUCAGUCAACGAGAUCAAGUGAAGGAUCUCGAACAACAGGCCAAACAACAUGUGAUAAUUGUAGUGAACCAAGUUCAUGCUCUGAUUUUUCUACUUGUGACAGAAUACCAUUAAUUCAUAACUCUAGACAACGUCACAAUUCACAUAAUGGUUGUGUUAAUCAAUUCAAUGGCUUUCCAACAUCUGCUAGUUAUUUUGCUGAUACUCCAUUGGCAACUCAAUUGAGUGAUGGUAGUACUGUAGUGCAAUAUGAAAAAAUAGGCGAAGGUCAUUAUGGCACAGUAUAUCGUGGCGUUAUUCAUUAUAGUCAUAACAGAGGUUCAAAAAAAGUUGCCAUAAAAACAUUAAAACCUGAUUUUCAUAAGCAUUUAUCAGAAGACUUUGAAAGGGAGAUUAAUAUUAUGAAGUCGCUUGAUCAUCCAAAUAUAGUAAAAAUAUUGAAGUGGAAUAAGAGACCACAAAUCUCUAUUAUUAUGGAAUUCGUAGAGUGCGGAUCGUUUAUAAUAUAUCUAUCGUCACAAAAACCAAAUUUGACCAAUGACAUUCUAUUAAAUUUUGCACUCGAUAUUGCUAAUGGUAUGCACUAUUUAAGAGAAAAGAAGAUAAUUCAUAGAGAUUUAGCAGCAAGAAAUAUUUUAGUUGACAAUGAUUGUGUUAAAAUUUCGGACUUUGGCUUAGCUCAGUAUGCUGAUUCAGAAGGAUAUUAUCUUGUUAAAAGUGAUAGAGCAAUACCCAUUAUAUGGUAUGCACCAGAAACAAUUCGAACAAAUAAAUUCUCAUUUCAAUCUGAUGUCUGGUCGUAUGGCGUAACAUUAUUCGAAAUGUUUUCAAGGGGAGAAAAGCCCAAUUUAAUACCGAAUAAAGAAGUAAAUCAAGCUGAAUUUUUAAAUUUGCUUGAAAUUGGGCAAAGGUUACCUAAACCGAUAAUCUGCCCAGAUAGUGUUUAUGAACAGUUAAUGCGGCCAUGUUGGUAUGCUAAUCCUAAAGAGAGGCCUACAUUUAAGGAUAUCAUCGAAACAAUCAAGAGACUUCAAAAUGAAAAUGGCGAAUUUUUAACGUAGGAUUCUUUUCAAACAAAAAUAAAUUCAUGUAAAACAAACAUACAAGUAUAUAAAUACUACUUUAAUUAAAAUAAAACCUAAAUAUAAAUAUUUUAUAAGUUAUAUUUUUUAGAUGUGAAUAAGUUUGAUUGUUUUAGCAUAUUCUUUAUUGUAUAUAUAUAUUUCUUUUUUAAGAAGUAUAUAUUUUUUAUAUUUUUAGUCAAACAUUAUAUGUUUAUGUUAAGAAAAAAAAUAUAUCUGUAGAUAAAAUCGCUUAAAAAAAUAAUAAAUGUUAAUUAUUAAUGUUAAUUGGUAUAAUAUGAAUUAUGUAGUGUUCUAACAUUUAAUUAUGCAAAAAGAAAAAAAAAUUAAAUUUAAUUAGUUAUUUUAAAAGAAUGUUUUUUAAAGAUCAUAUUAAAUGC